UCUCGUGUCGUUGUCGUCUUAUUCUUCCUCCCUCACACGUCGUGAUGCAGCUUUUGAGACCUCUCUAUUCGUGUAGGCGCGUGGACCGUGGACGUGGAGUGCACACUAGUUGGGGAGUUGAAGUUUGAAGAGACUGGGACGUUCGUUGCAUUGAAAAGUACAUACCACGGUUUUGUAGAGGUAUACGGUAUAUCUAUAUAUGUACUCUUAUGGGAAUGGUACAGAGAAUGGGGAGAGAGAGACCGAAGAGUCAGAAGAAAGUCAAAAGAAAAGAGUCGUAAAAGGGUGUGAGGGAGGAGUAUGGUAGUAGGAGGAAGAAGCUUACCGAAAAAUAAAAAAAAAGUGGAGUAAUAUAAGUAUAACCGGAGCCGUUGUGCGCGUCGUGAAAGUACAACAGUGCCAUUUAUGUAAAUGUGGAAAAAAGUGUGGUGGAAUCCAAUCGAGGGAUAUAUUCGAUAAAGUAUAGGCUACAGUAUUGGUACAAGUAAAAUAUCUCAACAAACGUAGGGAUUAUUAACCGGCUACUCGUCUUAUACGUACUAUAAUCGAGGAGAGCAGAAAGAUAUGAAAUUUUAUUCGAUCGAUCAAAAGUUGUAGUAAAGGAAGGUAGCCAAUAUUGAUGAGAUGGUGAUUCCUAAAAAAAGCAGGCGGUGCCGUGAUUAUGCUGUUGUUGCGGGUGAAGGAAGAUACGUUGUCGAACCCUCGUCGUCGUCGUCGUCGUAAGCAGCGGUAUAAUAAACGAGAAUCGUCAUCAUCACCACCUGCACCAUCACCCUCGGUAGUGGCGCGUAGCAUGUCAACACUACGACCAAUAGCCGCUCUUCAACCCUCGUUAUCUUCGGCACUCCUUUUUUGCAACUCCUCGACGAGUUUACUAUGUCAUCCGGAGCUAACCUAGAACACGUUGUCAUUGCCGUCCUCCACGUUGUUGUUGUCGUCGCCUCCACGACGGAAUUAUGGUAGCCGAGUGGCACAACUUUAUCAUCGUCGUCGCAUGUCUAUCUGAAAAUUACGAAGACGAGGAAGAGGACGAGUUGAGGUUCAAAAGGACGAGUCCUCGCGCGCCGCCCUGGUCGUGUGAGGUUAGCGGCGAGGAUUACCUGCAGUGUGUUCAAGUGCGCUCGCGAGUGUCCAUCUGAUACAUCUAUCUCCCCGUGUCUCCGCGUGUUGUUUUUCAUAUCUUUAUUACCCGUUCUAUCUACUACCUACCUGGCCAUUUGCAUAAUUUAUACAAGAGCCGAGAACAAGAAAGAGAGAGGAAGGAGAGGAUCUUUUUUCCGGCUCUCAACGCAAGACUGAGGAUAUAUCAUCAUCUUCCAGAUUUAUAGUCGUGCUUUAGGAAGAGGUGUAUAGCCAUAACAAAUAGCCAUGGAGUCAAUAAUAAAAUAUUAAGUCAUAAGAAAACGGUGUCAAAGCCAAUCACUAUAGAGCAACGAUAUACCGCGGCAAUGCACAAUCUUGGCGAGCUGUGUCGUUGGACGUGCUGGGAGAAAACUGCUCAUCGUAGUCAUCAUCAUCAUCAGCCAAAGCUGGAAAAACUUAACAAUUCAUAGUCACACAUCAGGAGGAGAGACGCUGCCCUAACGAUGCAGGCUAAAAAGCGGUACCUGCUCGUAUUCGUCACGUGCGCUUUCCUCGGUUUCUGCUACUUUGGCGGCUACCGUUUAAAAAAGGCGAGUGACGCUACAGGCAUCGGCGACAUCAACGUCGACGAUCUGACCUCGUACUACCUCAUUAGCCAGCAGAUGAUCGACACUUACGGCACCCAAGAGGAAAGACCGCAUCACCAGCAUCCACGAAAUCCACGAGACUGCGAUAUGCAGGCGUGCUUCGAUAGCACGCGCUGCAAGGACGGCUUCACCGUUUACGUUUACCCAGUCGAGGAGGCCAUCAGCCCGCUGUACCAAAAGAUCCUAAACGUCAUCACAGAGUCGCGCUAUUAUACCUCGGAUCCCGCACGAGCCUGCCUAUUCGUCCUGGCACUCGAUACCCUCGACAGGGAUCCCCUGUCCGCCGAGUUUGUGCACAACAUGCCAUCCAAGCUAGCUCGGCUUGCCCACUGGAACAACGGACGUAAUCACGUCAUCUUCAAUCUGUACUCGGGCACCUGGCCCGACUACCUCGAGGACGCGAUGGCCUUCGACUACGGCUACGCGAUCCUUGCCAAGGCGAGCAUGUCUGUAAUGAAGUUUCGGGACGACUUUGACGUGUCGAUUCCGUUGUUUGCGAAACAGCAUCCCGAGCGAGGCGGCGAGCCUGGCCAGGCGAUUCACAAUCACUUUCCCAGCAGAAGAUCGUACUUGGCGGCGUUCAAGGGCAAGAGGUACGUUCACGGGAUCGGCUCUGAGACCAGGAACGCCCUGCACCACCUGCACAACGGCAAGGAUCUCAUAUUCGUCACUACCUGUAGGCACGGCAAGUCCUGGAGAGAGUUGCAGGACGAACACUGCCAGCAGGACAUCAAAGAAUACGAUAUGUACGAUUACGAUGUUCUUCUAGUGAAUUCCACGUUCUGCCUUGUGCCUCGAGGACGUAGACUCGGUAGUUUUCGAUUCUUAGAAGCUUUGCGAGCUGGAUGUAUUCCUGUUAUUUUAAGCAACGGAUGGGCACUUCCGUUUCACGAUCGCAUUGAUUGGGUACAGGCAGUAAUUUACGCGGAUGAAAGACUUCUUUUUCAAGUUCCGGAUAUUCUUAGAUCAGUAGAGCAAACUAAGAUAAUGGCCUUGCGGCAGCAAACGCAGUUUCUCUGGGAGCGCUACUUUUCAUCGAUGGAGAAAAUCAUAUUCACGACUUUCGAGGUCAUACGCGAACGCAUCUCUUGGGAAGGUCGUAGAGAGUUGCGUGUCUGGAAUCGAGAUCCGGGGGCGCUGGCUAUUUUACCGAAAUUUGCCGAUACCCAGCGUGAACUUCCGUUUCAAGAGUGCGAUCCCGGAAAUACGUUUACUGCCAUAAUCUACUCUCAGCUUGGGUCCACUGCGGUUCUUUAUAGGUUGUUGAAGAGCCUCACAAAGAGCAAAUAUCUAGAUAGAAUUAUAUUAAUGUGGAACUCUGACAUUCCGCUACCAAAAAAGCCGCGAUGGCAAGGUAUUAAAUCGCCGAUUCACAUAGUCCCCGCCAGUGGAAUAUCGUACAGAUUUCAUCCCCAUCCCCUCAUAAAAACUAGUGCCAUAUUAUCGUUAGAUGAAGAUGUUACCCUCAACACUGAUGAGAUUGACUUUGCUUUUGUUGUAUGGAAGAGCUUUCCAGAUCGAAUCGUGGGCUAUCCUGCCAGAUCUCAUUACUGGGACGAUUCCAAGCGGUCGUGGGGUUACACGAGCAAGUGGACAAAUGAUUACAGUAUGGUGUUAACGGGAGCUGCCGUUUAUCAUCGUUACUAUAAUACUCUUUAUACUGAAACUCUGAGCUCGACGCUUCACAAAACUGUCGAGCAAUCUCAGAAUUGUGAAGAUAUUUUGAUGAAUUUUUUAGUAAGUCACGUCACCCGUCGACCUCCGAUUAAAGUGACUCAACGUAAGAUGUAUAAAGAUACUACGGCCGCUGAGAACAGAUCUCCAUGGAACGAUCCAGACCAUUUCAUUCAGCGUCAGACCUGUAUGAACACAUUCGUUGCCGUUUUCGGUUACAUGCCAUUGCUGCGAUCAAACAUGAGACUGGACCCUGUACUUUUUAAGGACCCUGUAAGCAACAUGCGCAAAAAGUAUAGGCAAAUCGAACUAGUUAAUAACUAGGAUUGUAUACAUUUUACUAUUAAAUAUAUACAUAUAUUAUGUAUGCGGUUAGUCAAAAUGGACUGCUAAAAGUUCGCGACUGUAGUUGAAGUGUGAAUUUUUGUAAGAUUGUGCGAUGUAUAUUUAUGGUCAUGCCGAUCUAAAUUGUAGCUUGGUAAGGCUAUGAACAAUAACGAAGGAACAAAAGACGAACAAAUUGUGUAUAGGAAAAAAUAAUGCGUACGUGUACCUAUAAGGAAACAAUAAGUACGUGCACGAAAGUCACGAUAAGUUAAAUUAUCAAAUUAUAUAUGUAUAUAUAAAGAUAUAUCACGUGCGCUUCGGAUCUCUCGCGCCCACGACGAAACGUUUUUUUGUAUCUUGACGCGCCGCAAAUAAUUUUUUAAUCCCUCUCAGCCCUCGUCCCGCGUGAAAAGGUCGAUUUUGCAUUCGUGGAUUAAAGUAGUUAGUAACCGAUCGCACACAAACAUUUUUAUACUUUGACGCGAACGAUGCAUCAUCUUUUUUAAACGGCGGUAUAUCUAUAAGAAUAAACAUUAUCUUGAAAAAUUUUUCGGCCCGCCCGCGCUAGCUCCAAGACGUCCUUUAAAUGUCUGCUAUUGAGCGACUUCAGUACAAAAGUGAGAGAACGAGAUUGAAAAAGGCUAAAAAAUUUUAACAAAAUUACUCGAACGAUUACAAUGAACAGAGGUAUCGAAAAGAGAGAUCCGUUGUCGCUCUCGGGGUGAUUCUCUACCAAAACAUAAUUGCGAGUUACGCUGCUAUGCCGAAUAAUGAUGUACAUAAA